AUGGCAGCAGAAGAAUCUGAGAUUGUUAGCGCUUCAGAAGUAAGCAACGUAUCCAACACGGAGGAGUCUUUAUUAGAAAAGAUUCAAGCCAAAUUUGGGGAAGAAAUAAAGACCGCUUUUGAAAGUAAGUCAGUUUUUCUCACCGGCAGCGUGCACAGUUCAAAGAUGUGAGGCUGUGGUUUGAACGAAGCUUGACACUUUACCUGAUGUAAAUAGAAUGUUUUUUGUGUUUACUGCAAUUCAUCUAACUGGAACUGCUGUAGAUUGCUUUAUUCCAAAGAGUGUCAAUAAUUCAACACUGAAUAUGUAUCUGAAAUUAAACAUUAAACUCUUGUUUCUUAGAGGAGGAGAUAAUUGAUGACGCCUCGAUUGAAGACUUGACUCAGAGAGAACCGGACGCGCCAAUAUUUUCGAGAUUGGGUUUAACGUAUGGAAAAGCGGUGAAAUUUAGAAAAGAAUUUGGGAGACACGUAAAUUCAUUGCAGUCAAGACCAUCGUCUCCACAGGUUAAACCAACAAUGGCGGCUAUUGCUGGCUUUUCACCAGAAAUGAAGCGACUAUAUUUAGCAAAGUAAGGCGAUUUUCUACUAACUCAUUGUUGACUAUGGGCGUUCUGGUUAUAUUAACCUUUCGGGCCCGGAAAGCUGUUUUAGGUUUGCCUGUUUAAUUCAAGGUCAACACAAAAUUAACGCACGAUGAAACAAUCAGUUCAUUAACGAAGCAACAUUGACUGGCUUGUGAACCAGGAACUGUGCUUAACCAUUCAGCAGGUUUUGAUAUUACAGUUUCUUCCCUGUGUUAGGGCCAGCGUUCAAUGGGUUUAGUUUGGGUUGAUAUUCAGUACUAUAAUAUACUCUAACAGAUAAUUCUUUGAUCCAUCAUUUGGAAUAGUACUAUGGCCGGCCUUUUUUGCUAAGUUUUCAGUGUCAAGUGUGCUAGCUUGUAAUAUCAUAUAAUUUGUCACCAAACUAUUAAUGCUGAUUUCUUCUGUUCCUGCGAGUUUUGUGUUUGAGUAUGUUGUAGGUUGAUAAAAGUUCACUGACGUUAAGCAAUUUCGACCUAAUUUGUACUUGAAUUUCUUUUGAUUCAUAUUUAUAAGAAGUCAGAAGCAAAUGAAAUUCAAAUAUGAACUGAAUUAAAAUCAUGUAUUUUAGCUUACACUAAUGGUCAAAUGUCUUACAUCUUCAACUCCUUCACAUUUUGCAUUAACAAUAUUUUACAGACGCAAACAAGUGGGAGUACUUGCAAGUGAGCACUGGAAACACAAGUUGCCAAAAUUCAAUACACCAGAAAAAAAAGCUGAGCUUGAACAGUUUGCUAAGAAGAUCUCUGAUGAAUGUUCACUGCCAGAGGCUGGCUUUUUCACAGAUGGUAUUGCUCAGCAUAUCAAAAGCUUCUUCAGUGAACAACGAAGAUUCCAUAAAAGCAAAAAGGUAUUCGGAUUUAUGUUAAUAUAUGUUAGUUGGCAUUCUAUGAUAUAUUGCGAGAUUUGAAAGGGCAAUAAUACUAAUAAUAAUUAUUACUAAAACAGUCAGCCAUUGGGCAAUAAUUAUUAUUGUCCAAUGGCUGACUGUUUUUCAUCUUGAAGUUGAAUUGUGUCAUUAUAAUAAUUAAUUAUUGCUGAAUAGGUUUCCUUGUCUCUUAAUUGGCAACCCACAUCUAUAAUAUUGCAAACCUGCUUCUAUGUUAUGAAAAAGGUGCCAUCAGUGCUUUGGUAUGUUAUUGACAGAAUACCAUCUUCCUAUGUUGUAGUACUACCAUCUUGUUCAGAAUCCAGCUCCAACAGUGAAGUAGAAUUGACACCUCCUCCCAAGUUGCCAUCUAUGGUAAGUCAAUGGCAAGAUGCUGCUUGUUUAAUAUGUUAACAUCCUCUUUAAUUAAAAUUUAAUACCAUGAAGAGAGCAAAAGCAGGUGUUGAGUCUAGGCAAUAAUAACUUUUUCAGUCAAUCAGGUGCACUGUUUUAUUUUUUUAAUGUGCAAGAUAUAUAAUUUAUUUGAGGGUGGUGCUUUCUAACAAAUUAUAGCAAAAUGAAGUAAUGCACUGCAUGCUUAAUUCUUUUAAACAGCCCAAAGAAGAGGAUGAAAAGAAUGCCAAGAAAAAAAGAUUUUCUCCACCUGAGGUAUUGCAAUAGAAACCUGUUUAAGCCUUUUAUAAAGGAAAAUAUUUGUCAUGAUGAAAAGGUACAUAUAAUCAUGGUGUGGGGCUGUGUUGGGUCUUCAGCUUCAAGCUUAAACACUUUUCAUAUGUUUAGGAUUUUCAUGAAAAGGCAACUUAAUGCACCUCAAAUGGUUGUUGUUUUAAAUCCUUCCUGGCCAUCUUCCCAAUAAAUUUUGACAACCUGUCAAGUUAAGAUUUUAUUGAAUUUUUGCAUAACAAAGGUGAUAAUCUUGUACUGCACAGCCUCAGUUACAAUCAAGGAUCAUUUUUCCCAUUAUCAGUCAGGUUGUAGUCACCAUGCAAAAAACACUUAAGUAAAAUUCACUUUAAAACCUAUAAACCUUGUAUUUGUCAAAUCGCUGUAAAUUUAAGGCUCUACUGUGUGUCUUUAGGAUGAUGAUGAUAACCAUUCAGAGGGGUCCACAGAUACAAUGAUAGUAAAUGAGGAAGAAGAAGCCUCUGGAGAAUCAGCUGAACCAGAUAUCAAAGAUAACAAGAUGUCCAAAAAGUCAGCAAUGGUGAUAAUUAAAGCAGUAACUGAAAAAAUUCCAGACAGAGAAGAACUGGUCAAACUGUUAAAAGGAAGGUUUCAGGUUACCCAAAAGAGUUUAACAACACUUUCAGUAACACAGCUUUUAGAAGUUACCGCAAGAAAGCUAAUUAAAUUUAAGUAUGUUUCAUUAAAACUUGGAGUUGGCCUUGCCGAUAUCAAAAGGGCUGACAUAACUGUUAACAGGGAAAUUGCCUUGUAA